AUGGUGGACAUUAGUGAACAACAGCUUUUCUCAGAAGUCGUCUUCGUUUUUAGCGGAAAGCGGAAAUCAGGAAAAGAUUUUGUCGCUGAAAAACUAAAAGAAACAUUGGGGCACAAUAGAUGCGAGAUUAUCAGGCUUUCUGGACCCCUGAAAUACGAAUACGCUCGACAGCAUGGACUUGAAUUUGAUCGCUUGCUUGAUUCAACAACUUACAAGGAAUUGUACCGUCAAGAUAUGAUUCGCUGGGGAGAAGAGAAAAGAAGGGCGGAUCCCACAUACUUCUGCAAACUAGCGACAAAAAUGGUAUCCCCUAAAAUUCGUGAGGGGAGUCAAACAGUUCAAAAGCCCGUGUGGGUAAUAUCCGAUGCUCGAAGAAAAUCAGAUGUACAUUAUUUUAAAACAAAUUACGAAAAAGUUGUACAUGUUCGGAUUGCUGCUUCAGAAGACGUCAGGAAGUCAAGAGGUUGGAUGUUUACAGCAGGGGUUGACGAUGCCGAGUCUGAAUGUGGCCUAGAUGAUGAAACAUUCGAUUUCGUUAUUCACAACGAUGGUCACGAUCACGAUCAACUAAACAAUGAAAUUAAUUAUUUGCUUAAGUAUGUUUGUUAA